UCUGAGCCGUUAGAUUUAAAUCAACGGCGUCCAUCUCUAGGGUCCCACCAAGCCUGCGGUAUAUAUCUUCCCCGCAAAUGCGCAGCCGCAGAAGGACAUCAGAAAUCAUGGCGGCCGUAGGUAUUGCCAUUGGCGGUGCAGGAAACCCUAGGGCUACUCAAUUCUCUGUCUCUCCUUACCAGAUCAAUGUCCCGAUCGGGCGGCGGAAGAUGGAUUGUUAGCAGGCUGCCAUUGAUUUGAUCAUUUUCCACAGUGCCGUCAUAUACGCAACCUCCCAAAACCCUAAUUGUAUGGUAUAAUCAAAAUUUGGAAAAAUCCCCUUUUUAAUUUCUUCUCUAACUGUAACUGUAGCUGUAACUGUAGUAUUGUUGUAGUACAAAAUUAUCCUUUCUUUCUCUGACAAUGGGAUCCGAUGAGAAAUUGGGGUUUUUGCAUGGUAAGUACGAAUUGGGUCGGGUUAUCGGGCACGGCAGUUUUGCGAAGGUGUAUGUAGCGAGGAAUCUGCAGACGGGGAAGAGCGUGGCGAUGAAAGCGGUGGACAAGGAGAAGGUGAUCCGCGUGGGGAUGAUGGAGCAGGUGAAGAGGGAGAUCUCUGUGAUGAAGAUGAUCCACCAUCCCAACGUGGUCGAGCUCCACGAGGUGAUGGCCAGCAAGACGAAGAUCUAUCUGGCCAUGGAAUUCCUCCGCGGCGGGGAACUGUUUGAGAGGAUUCAUCGCCGGGGAAGAUUGGGGGAGGAGGCGGCGCGGAGUUACUUCCGGCAAUUGAUCUCCGCCGUCGAUUUCUGCCACAGCCGCGGCGUUUUUCAUCGGGAUCUGAAACCUGAGAAUCUCCUCCUCGACGAGAAAGGGAGUCUGAAAGUGACGGAUUUCGGGCUUAGCGCGCUCUCCAAUGGCCAUCUCCGAUCGGACGGCCUGCUGCACACCACGUGCGGCACGCCGGCGUACGUCGCGCCGGAGGUGAUCGGGAACAGAGGCUACGACGGCGCGAAGGCCGACAUUUGGUCCUGCGGCGUGAUUUUGUAUGUUCUGUUGGCCGGAUUUUUGCCUUUCCGGGAAGGAAACAUCGUUUCGCUAUAUCGGAAGAUUAGCCGGAGCGAUUUCAAUUUUCCGGCAUGGUUUUCGCCGGAAUCCCGGAGACUGAUUUCUAAAAUAUUGGAUCCGAAUCCAGGGACGAGGAUCACCAUAGCGAAGAUCAUGGAUUCGUCCUGGUUCAAGAAACCGGAGAGGUCGAACCAGGAGGUGCAGGCCGGCGACGAGGCGGACGCCGGCGGCGAGGUGAGCGAAACUCUGAAUGCUUUCCACAUAAUUUCGCUGUCGGAAGGGUUCAAUCUGUCGCCAUUGUUCGAGGACAAGAAACGGGUGGAGAAAGAGGAGGUGAUAUUCGCGACGACGAGGACGGCGAGCAGCGUGAUUUCGAAGAUCGAGGAAUUGGGGAAGACGAAGGAUUUUAUGGUGAGAAAGGGGGAGUCGCGAGUGAUGCUGCAAGGACGGAGGAGCGGCCGGAAAGGGAAAUUAUCGAUCGCCGCCGACGUGUUUCCGGUGGCGCCGUCGCUGAUGGUGGUGGAGGUGAAGAAGUCGAGCGGUGAUACCCUCGAGUACAACCAGUUUUGCACCAAGGAUCUCAAACCUGCGCUCAGAGACAUCCAGUGGACCACUUCCGCCGCAGCCGCUACUUCCCCGCCGGCGGCGGCCUGAAGUUGCUGUGUCCAAUCGUUUGAUUUAGUUCACCAAGUACGGACAUAAUUUCAGAUGAUUGUUUCCAUGCAUGAAUUUUGUAAUAAUUUUUAAGGUUAUACAUCAUGUCCUUCUGUACUUUUU